CAACAUCACGACCUAUUGCUUCAACACAAAGGGAGACUGCAGCUUGCUCUCCAGACCUACAAUACUGGACAGUUUCAGAGCCAUCAGGCUGCUGCUGCUGCAUUCAACGUUAACCAACGCAGGCUCUCUGAACACGCUAGCAAUACUCCAUUUUGA